CUUACCAGGAGAUGGCCAUAUUAUCUGGCAGUGUUGAUGGAUGGAAGCAGCAUAAUGUUAGUCAUGUUUCAAGACAAGGAGAGAACUUUACUCAUUCACCAGUUAACAGGACAUUAGGCCUGAUGCUACCAGCAGAAGACUUUGACCCAUUAGGAGGACAUACUAUCUUGCAGGUCAUCAUAAUUAUUUUUCUCACUGGAUCACUUUCUCUUGUUACUGUUGUUGGCAACAUCCUCGUGUUGGUGUCAUUCAAGAUCAAUAAGGCACUGAAGACGGUAAACAACUACUACCUCCUUAGCCUGGCAUUUGCUGACCUGACCAUUGGCACACUGUCAAUGAACUUAUAUACCACCUACAUCAUCAUGGACCAGUGGGCUCUUGGGCCAGUGGUUUGUGACUUGUGGCUUGCAAUCGACUACGUGGCUAGUAAUGCCUCAGUCAUGAACCGGCUUGUCAUUAGCUUUGACAGGUAUUUCUCUGUCACCAGACCUUUGACCUACCGGGCCAAGCGUACAACCAAGCGGGCUAUGACUAUGAUUGGACUAGCCUGGUCCAUCUCUUUCAUUGUGUGGGCCCCAGCUAUCCUGUUAUGGCAGUACAUUGUGGGUGAGCGGAGAGUCCAGCCUAAUGAGUGCUACAUCCAGUUCCUGUCUGAACCCACCAUUACAUUCUGCACUGCUAUUGCUGCAUUCUACUUGCCUGUGACUAUUAUGGCAAUCUUGUUCUGGAAGAUAUAUCAAGAGACAGAGAAGCGAACAAAAACUGUACAAGGCCUUAAAGGGUCUGGGUCAGGCAACAACCCAAGCCAGGCCUGGAGUCAAGAAAAUUGCAGUGGAAGGGUUGGUGGAGUAGGUGCAACUAACAGCCAGAAGAACUCAUCAGUCACACUGUGCCAGAUGAGCUACCAAAGAUGCUGCAGUUAUGAACUAAAUCAGCUGGCUUCAGAGAAGAACACUGACAAUACCACUAUAAAUGGAGGGAGAGGAAGCAGAGGAAGGUGUGGUGUGGUCUGCCUUCAGUUUUUAUCCCUGCAGUCAGGUGGCCAUGCAUCCAAGAAGUCCUUCAACACCAUGACAACUACAGUUGGAGAGGCAGCACAGAGCAGCUGCGAUGGCUUUAACAACACUGAAGUUGGUGCCUCUGGGGACCAGUCAGGCUCUGAGGAGGAAGCUGGCAGUGCUGACCAGUCAAUGUCUCCAACAGGUUGGACAUAUGUGGCUCAUGAUGUUAAGAAAUCUAGGAAGAUGAAGAAAAACGAGGACAAACAGUCAUCAUCAUCCAACAAAAGUAAAAAAAAAUCUAAAUCAAACUCGGUCACCUCAUCACCUGCAGCCUUCACCAUAAAAGAUGCAGCUAUGGCAAAACGGUUUGCCUCUAAGAUUAAGAAAGAAAUCAACAAGCACAAGAAUGAAAAAAAGGCAAAUGAGAAGAAAGCGGCACGGACACUUAGUGCCAUCCUUUUUGCCUUCAUUACAACAUGGUUACCGUAUAACAUCAUGGUGCUGGUCAACACUUUCUGUCAGGACUGUAUUCCUGAAACUCUUUGGGCACUGGGCUACUGGUUAUGUUAUGUAAACAGCACAGUCAACCCCAUGUGCUAUGCCCUGUGUAACAAGACCUUCCGAACAACUUUCAGGGAUAUUUUGAUGUGCCAGUGGAACCAAAUGAAGAACAAGCCUCAUUUUCAUCAGAGAAAGGCCGUGGCCUUCAGGAAGAAUGGCUAUGUGGAGUAG